AUGGGGAAUCUCACAGGUAGAAGUGCCUCAACAGAUGGAAUUUCCCUUGAAGAGAUAGAGAAGCACAACACGAAGGAUGAUGCCUGGAUGGUUCUGUUCGGGGAAGUGCUGGAUGUUACGAAGUUUCUUCCGAUUCAUCCUGGCGGUGAGGAUGCCAUCGACAUGUACCUGGGGCGAGAUGCCACAGAAGCCUGGGUGGAGAUUCACACACCAGAAACCCUUGAAAGGAACCUGCACCAUAUCACCAAAGUCGGGAAGUUGCAGGCAGUGCCCUUCUGUGCCUUUCUCUCGCGAACCUGUUUCGAUGCCAGGACAGCUGCUGCUGCGCCCACACAGCAGGAGGAAGAGGACGACAGAGGCCUCCAGUUCACGCCACAGUUUGAAGAGGAGCUGCAGGCCACGAACGGCGUCUUUACCCUCGAAUCCUUGCAGCGCUGGAAUGGAGUCCAGUUGCCCAUGCUCAUCAGCAUCUGCGGAGUGGUGGUGGAUGUAUCUCCGAGUGAGAACUUCAUCCCGACCUUCGGAUAUGGAAAGCUGUGGGCUGGAAAGGAUUGCACAUGGGCCAUGGCGACAGUCUCCCUGAAGGCAGAGGAUGCCAACCGCUUCGACUGGAAGGUGCAGGAGCUUGAGGACAUGCACUUCAAGUCUCUCGUCGGCUGGUACGGUCACUUCACUAACAAAUACCGCCAGGUCGGCAUUCUGGAGGAGCUGAAAGACUGGGACUUUGCCGCUGUUAAAGCAGAGGCGAAGGCAGAGCCGCCGAAAUUCUCCAUGUUGCAUCACUUUUUGGAGUAA